AUGGAUGAAGUGUUAUGGGUAAGGUUACUUUUGGUAGUACUAUAACUUCAAUUUACUUUUAUCUGAUACAAUAACAGUUAUUUUACUAACUUUAUUAAUCUUAUAGCACAGUCUUUUAAAAAAUUUUAUCUGGCUUUAUAUUAACCUCUCUUUUUCAGCCAAUAGUACUGUACAGUAUUGUAAAUGUAAGCGCCGCCGCGUUCUAUGUUUGGGGAUGUUCUAGAAAGAAAAAGUCAGCAACACCAUCGCAGAUAAAGACUCCCAGUAAUGUCACACCUCCACCCGCCACUCCUUCAAAACAGGCUCCACCCACGCCUUCGCAACAACAACAAGAAGCUCCGGCCGCUGCAGGAUCCAACUCUGCGCCGGCUCCGGCUGCUGGUGAGUUAUAUUGUAAAACUUUAAUCAUAAUGUAUCUUUCGACUUAUUAUGGUUUUGUAUUUUACUAUAGACUAUUAGUCUAUAGUUAUUACGAACUGUCGAAUUAGUUUUAUUGGUUAAAGUAGGAAUGGGAGAAAAGGUAGAUAUUAGUUUUAAGGACGUUUCGAUGGAAGGAGAAGGUUCAAAAUUUUGUGAAAUUUAUUUUUUUUGUUUUAGCACCAGAAGUAAAGCCAGCAGAGACUCCAAAUCGCGAUAAACCGGCAGAAUCGACCAAAAAUACACCAGUUGGCAUACUCCCAUCUGAGGUAGGUUUUUCUGUUUAUAAAUAGCAGUAGGUUUGGAAAAAAAAUUUUUGUUUAUUAAAUAUCAUUAUCACAUUAAGAUAUAUUAUUGUUAUCACAAUAAAAUAUCAUUAGCACGGUCGAGAGGUCUAAAACGAAUCAGUGUUUUUGUUUUUUUAACCAAGUGUACUAUACAGUAUUAAAAACCGUUUUAGCACUAAGCGCAGCUUGGAAAGGGGAAAAAACUUCAUUUUUUCAAAAUUUUGAAUUUUAAAACUUUGAACUUCAUUUUAAAAAUUUUUUUAAACUUUAGAAAGGCGGUUUCACAUCCCAGAAGAAGCGCAAGAUCGAAGAGAAAUUGGAGAAGGAAAAGAAGCAAAAGAUCGAAUCCGGCUUCUUCGCAUCGAACUCCGAGGACGAUACGUUGGAGAAGAUUGACAGUUGUAAACAGGAGGAAUCGGGAGAAGGCAACUCAUCCAAGAAGCGAAGCCGAAAGGUCAAGAAGAAGCCGGCCGAGAAUAAGGACAAAGAGAAGGAGAAUGAUAAGCCUAAAGAGGAGAAGAAGUAA